AUGAAGCUACAAAGCGGUCUCAUUCCGGUCCUGCAAAACAUUGCCGCCUUUUCCUUUCUCGCAACUGCCACACCCGUCAACCACAUCGAUUUCCCAUUUGACAGUCCCGUCUGGAAUGUUGGUCAGUCUGUGCGGACUACGAGCGGCCUUGUUGUAGGCCAUUCUGCGGCAAACGCCUCCGAGGUCUCCGAGUAUGUUGGGAUCCCAUAUGCCGUCCCUCCACUUGGACGUCUUCGUUUCCAACCUCCAGUCCGUUAUACUGGAAAUGACACCAUCAAUGCCACCACAUUCGGUCCGACAUGUAUCCAGCCACCAUCAGCACCCCCAAGCAACAAUACCAGCAGUGCACCGCCCCAGAACCUUGGUAUUCCCCCUACCUUUGCCGCAGCCUUCGCAAGCGAGACAUAUCCAGCUAGCGAGGAUUGUUUGACCUUGAAUGUCUGGACCAAGCCGCAGACUGGAGAGGCAAAGAAAGCUGUUCUUGUCUGGGUCUAUGGAGGUGGCUAUGUGUCAGGCAGUUCUCGACAGGCGGCAUACCGUGGGCAAUUCAUUGCUGACGAAAGCGAUGUUGUCGUCGUCUCGAUGAACUACCGUGUCAACACUUUCGGAUUCCCUGGUAACCCAGCCACUCCGGCCAAUAUUGGUCUCCGUGACCUUCGCAUGUCCUUGGAAUGGAUUCGUGACAAUAUUGAGCAAUUCGGUGGUGACCCAGAGCGCAUUACUAUAUUUGGACAGUCUGCUGGCGCUGGAAUGGUUGACUUCUACUCGUUCGCUCAUGCCGAUGACCCCAUUGCUUCUGGUUUUAUCUUGAUGAGCGCCACUAUUUACGGUUUCCCAGCUCUUACUGCAGAAGAGACCCACAAUCGCUGGUUCCAUGUCACUGACUUGGUUGGCUGCGGAAACGCCACUUCUGACCCGGUUGCCGUCAGCGACUGCAUGAUGAAUAAGACCGUCGAUGAGAUACUAGCUGGUUAUGACCCUGCCAAUGUUCCAUUCAACCCUUCGCCAUACGGGCCAGUCAUUGAUGAUGAAUUGGUCUUCUCGAGCUACCUCAACCGGACGGCCGCCAAAGGUGGCUACCUGAUUGGUAACACUCAAAAUGAGGCAGGUAUCUUUAAACUUGGACAAGUUCAUAAUGAAAGCUACUGGACCGACUUCAACGACCGUCUGUACACAUGCGCCGACGUCGUGAGAAUUGAACAAAGUAUCACUGAUGGCAACCCAACCUGGAGAUACCGCUACUUCGGCGACUUCCCCAACUUGGUCCUUACUACAACGCCACCGAGCGGUGCUUACCACACUGCCGAUCUCUAUCCAUUGUUUAAUACUGUUAACCAAACCUUACUCGCUAGUACUCCAGCUGAAGUAGCCAUUGGAAACUAUCUCCGUGAUGUCUGGUCCAGUUUUGCCAAGAACCCCCAGUGCGGUCUUGAUGCCUUCUGGCCUCAGUACAACGGGACUGAGAAGACCUUGGCUCGCACUGGUUUCAACAACGAGACAAUUAGUUUGGCGCCCGGUAACAUGUAUGAUCAUGUUUGUCGCUGGUCUUAUGAUGCUGUCAGUGACCCAGCCCCCCUUUAA